AUGCGACUGGGCGCGUCCGGGGCUGCACUGUGGAUCGUCCUGUUGGGCAGUUGGGUGCAUGCGGCCAUAGCUCUUUCCGACAGUGUGCAGGACCCUUUUGGCGCCGCCCAGUCCCGCAGCCUGCACAGCCACGACGAGGGCGAGCUCACGGCCACGGAGGCCACCCAGAUCCUUCUAAACGCAGGCGUGUCCAAUUUCGGUGCCAUCCUGCACCGGGCCCGCAGUCCCACCUGCCAUAUUGACCAGCUUCCUGCCAGCUCCGUGGGCCAGCUCUUCGACCUCUGCGUCCAGAUCGGCCACGUGAACAACUGCACUGCAGUGGCCGCUCCAGAACGCCGUGAAGGAACAGGCGCCGCUGUGUUCCGAUACCGGUGUCGGAACGACACGUGCGUGGAUUCAUGGCCACCGGCGUUGACCGAAUGCAUGGUGGGGAGACUGCUGCGGGACGCCGAGGUGAAUGUUGGGGAAGGUUCCGGGGCGAAUGAAACGGGGCUGCAGCGCACAACUCAGUUGAGUUGCGAUCAAUCGACAAUGGCUGCGGUGGCAAGGGAGGAGGAGAUGGCGAGCAGGGUGGGGAUACUGGAAAGCGUGGGGCUGUCGAAUGCCUUUCACUGUCUGGUGGGGCUGCCCGACGGGGCGGUGAUUGAUUCGAACGUGAGCUGUGCAGAUGGACGGUUCCGGACGGACCUGAUCCUGCGGCUGACGGAGGGGGGAGUGUUGGAGGAGGGGGAGUACGAGUGCAUCUGGACUGGCAGAUGCCGAGAUUCCAAGGGCUGCUGCGAGCGUGACCAGCCAUUCGAGGGGAAAUUCAUCUGCUACCUUCCCGAGGGUCAGCAAGCGGACCUGUCCAGUUCUGCAUCGAUCCCGGGACCCCACUGGGCACCCGUCCUAUUCUUGGCAAGCUGUCUCGCCAGUUUCUGGCACUUGAUUCUGUCCUCGGCGUGGUGA